GCUUAGAACCCAUCCAGAGGCCCCUUCCCUUUUUCCCCUGCCGGCCCAGUUAUGGCAGAGAACGACGUAGACAAUGAGCUCUGGGACUAUGAAGAUGAUGAGGCGGAGACAGCAGCUGGGGGAGAUGGGGCUGAGGCCCCUGCCAAGAAGGAUGUCAAGGGCUCCUAUGUCUCCAUCCACAGCUCUGGCUUUCGUGACUUCCUGCUCAAGCCAGAGUUGCUCCGGGCCAUUGUCGACUGUGGCUUUGAGCAUCCAUCAGAAUUCCAGCAUGAGUACAUCCUUCAGGCCAUUCUGGGAAUGGACGUCCUGUGCCAGGCCAAGUCGGGCAUGGGAAAGACAGCAGUGUUUGUGUUGGCCACACUGCAACAGCUGGAGCCAGUUACUGGGCAGGUGUCUGUGCUGGUGAUGUGUCACACUCGGGAGUUGGCUUUUCAGAUCAGCAAGGAAUAUGAGCGCUGCUCUAAAUAUAUGCCCAAUGUCAAGGUUGCUGUGUUUUUUGGUGGUCUGUCUAUCAAGAAGGAUGAAGAGGUGCUGAAGAAGAACUGCCCGCCUAUCGUCGUGGGGACUCCAGGCCGUAUCCUCGCCCUGGCUCGAAAUAAGAGCCUCAACCUCAAACACAUUAAACACUUUAUUUUGGAUGAAUGAGAUAAAAUCUUGAACAUGCGUCGGGAUGUCCAGGAAAUUUUUCGCAUGACCCCCCACGAGAAGCAGGUCAUGAUGUUCAGUGCUACCUUGAGCAAAGAGAUCCGACCAGUCUGCCGCAAGUUCAUGCAAGAUCCAAUGGAGAUCUUCGUGGAUGAUGAGACGAAGUUGACGCUGCAUGGAUUGCAGCAGUACUACGUGAAACUGAAGGACAACGAGAAGAACCGGAAGCUCUUUGAUCUUCUGGAUGUUCUUGAGUUCAACCAGGUGGUGAUCUUUGUGAAGUCUGUGCAGCGGUGCAUUGCCUUGGCCCAGCUACUGGUGGAGCAGAACUUCCCAGCCAUCCACCGUGGGAUGCCUCAGGAGGAGAGGCUUUCUCGGUAUCAGCAGUUUAAAGAUUUUCAACGACGAAUUCUUGUGGCUACCAACCUAUUUGGCCGAGGCAUGGACAUUGAGCGGGUGAACAUUGCUUUUAAUUAUGACAUGCCUGAGGAUUCUGACACUUACCUGCAUCGGGUGGCCAGAGCAGGCCGGUUUGGCAUCAGGGGCUUGGCGAUCACAUUUGUGUCUGAUGAGAAUGAGGCCAAGAUUCUCAAUGAUGUGCAGGAUCACUUUGAGGUCAAUAUUAGUGAGCUGCCUGAUGAGAUAGACAUCUCCUCCUACACUGAACAGACAUGUCUGAGGCCAAGAGAUCAUGAUGACAAAGAGAAAUGCUCAGUAAGAAAAGGCGGCUCCUGGAAACCCAAGCCCGCUCGAGGGUUCAGCAGACCUCGGAUCCCACCUCGCCGCUCCCUCCCGGGCUGCGGGCGCUGGCAGAAGAGCGCAGGGCGGACGCAGCCCUUUUCUGGACUUCGGGGCUCUGCACCCCCUGCUCCCCAGUGCCCCCUGCCGCCCCGCGCCCUCCGCACCCACGCGCCGAGGGCCCAGCGCGUUCGCGGCUCCUGCUGUCCCUUCGCGGUAGACCCACCCACCCGCACGUCCAACGCCCUCUUUCUCCCUGAAAAGUUUCUAGACGGAGAUUCCCAGCGGAGGAGCCCCACGGGUCGCCAGCGCGACUCUUGUGACCGGCGAGGCGGUUUUGCCGGCGCCUCGGAGUGUCGGUUCUCGGUGCAGAGUCAGAAAAGCACCACCAAUCUUAACGCCGCUGAUUUAGUCGGCGCAUGGCUAGACUAUCUGGUCAUCUUGUGGGUUCUAGAGGUUCCCGGACUUUCCUACAUGCCGAAGAACAUCAUGGGCAAAGCCCCCGUCCCCUCCCCUGCUCCCACCCCCUUCUCCCGGCGCCGGGUGCAAGGUCCCUUUAAGGCGACGGCGCCUUCCUCGGGUCAGACUACCGGCGGCGACGACCACGGGAGCGUUCCGAGGCCAGACAAUGAGAGGGGGAUGGGCCGGUACGCGCGGGGGUGGGGGCGGGGGGCCGGCGGCGCGCGCCCCCGCCCACCGCGAGCGGCGGCGCGGCCCGCGGCAGGGGCGGCCGUGGGGUGCGGCGCGCGAGCGCGAGUGUGUGUGUGCGUGCGUCCCGGGCCGCGGGAGCCGCGCGAAGGGCCGGCGGCGGAGGCCCCUGCCUGCCGGCUGGCCGGCCGCCCCCGCCCCCCGGCGCCCGCCGCGGCGCGCGCGCGCGCACUCGCGCCCCACGGCCCCGCACACAGCCCGACGUCCACACGCACGCCCGGCGCGAGGCGUCUCGGAGGAGUGGGCGGCGCGGGCGCGGCUGGCGGCCCGCGGCCCGCUGGGGAAGGGGCGGGGGCGCGGGCGGCGGCGAGACGGCGGGGCGCGGCGGGAGGGGCCGGCGAGGGGGCGAGGCCGCGCGGCGGAGGGGGCGGGCGGCGGCGGAGCGGCCCCUGGGGUGGGGGUGCUAGCCCCUUCCCGCCCCGCCCCCGCUCCGAGAGGGAGUGGGACGCUCGUUUUGAGCGGGAGGAGGAAAAUGAGUGA